AUGCUCAAAGACAUGAGGUACUUUGAGAGUGAGACUGCCAAUAAACUUAGUGGAGCUGACAAUUCGCCGUCUCCGGGAUCAAAGGGUGGUACCAGACCCAACAUGGGCUCCGAGAUCAAAGGGUGGUACCAGACCCAACAUGGGCUCCGAGAUCAAAGGGUGGUACCAGACCCAACAUGGGCUCCGAGAUCAAAGGGUGGUAGACCCAAGGGAACGAAGAUCUCAAAGGUGCAGGAGGCGUUUGAAUGGCGCCAAGCUCUCCGCGAGGCGCAUCGGAAGCAGGCAGCAGUCAAACAACAAGAGUAG